GGAACUUGGCUGUGGUUCCAGACCGGGUAUACUGUAUUAAAGGGAGCUAUACUUCAUCUCAAUUUAGCUGUGUUACAUGCACUGUCAUAGACCUAGUCUAUUUGCUAUUAUUAAGUAGAGUACUACCUGCGUUAUCCAAAAGUAACAACUCAGCAAACACACCAAGUCUAUUUUAAAAAGGACAGUUGGGCUAUAAAUUAGGUCUCCUUAUUCUUGGGGAUAGACUAUUUUCUGCAAAGUGAGUUGUAUUUUAGCCUGUGCUCCUCUGUUUUCUCAAGGGGAGCGAGCCACUGCAGUAGCGGUAUGAGAGUCCAAGAAAAAGAGAAUGGCAUAAACCGAGAAGAGAUGCACAGAGGAGAGAAGUGAUCUGGCUACCACGGAACUCAGUGUAGACGAAGUCUAUUGUCUGCAAUCUGUACUCUACUCUCCACAGUUGGGUUUUGUCGCUGCCAAUGAAAAUGAAGACGGUAUGCAUAUGGAUUGGUCAAGACAAGCUUUCAAUAUAGAUCUAGAUCUAUAGAUCUGCUGCAUGGAAUGUGUUUGAAGAGACUGACUGAUCUACUGCUGGAUUCUAGCAUCACCACCGCGUGGCUGACAUGAGCUCAGAGGGAAACGCCAGUGAGGUCUGGAAGUGUCAGUUGCCCUCAGGAAGAAGCUGAGUGUCUCUGAGACAUUCUCUGUGUGAGACCUGGAUGAGACGAGAAGAGAAGGAGAAGUAGUGAUAACAUUUCCCACACAGAGAACCUAAAACCAUGGGCUUGUUAUGGUGCCAGGCACGCCGUACUGAACGUGUUUUCCUAGCCCAUCAAUAGCACCACCACCCCCCUCAACCCUCCUCCCCCCAAUCCCAUGUCAGACCUUUCUCUAAAUUAUGGAGAUUUUGUGGAAGACGCUGACUUGGAUAUUGAUAUUGAGUAUGGUGGUGGUCAUGGCUUCCUCUGAAUUUCAAAGACUUUCGCACAACUCACAAGACGAGUACCUGUCCUACUUGCAGCACUUCCAGCUGACUGUGCCAGUGCGAGUGGACGAGAACGGGGACUUCCUCAGCUACACUGUGAAACAUCACAAGCCCGGUCGCAGGAGACGAACCGCUGACGCCACCAACACCACCAUUGGCCCAGAGCCAACCGACCACGCCGAACAGGACCCGGCCCAGUCCCGGCUCUUCUACAGACUGUCGGCUUACGGAAAGCACUUUCACUUAAACCUGACCCUCAACCCCCACCUGGUGUCCAAACAUUUCACGGUGGAGUACUGGGGGAGAGAGGGCCUGGAGUGGAGACAUGACAUGGUGGAGAACUGCCACUAUGUAGGAUACCUGCAGGAUCAGUACAGCUCCACCAGAGUAGCGCUCAGUAACUGUAAGGGCUUGCACGGUGUUAUUACAACAGAAGAAGAGCAGUAUUUAAUAGAGCCACUCAAGAAUAUAUCCUCCACAACUUCCAGCCAAUGGGACCAGGGAGAAGGACAGCAGCAUGUUAUAUAUAAAAAGUCUUCCAUUCCCUCGCCGCAGCAGCAACCCAGCCAACACGAGUUCAGCUGUGGCAUCUCAGACCUCACAAAAAGCGGGAGCCCCUGCCAACAUAGCACUCCUUCCCCAACCUCUCCAACCUCCUCCUCUCACUCCUUCUCUCCCACCCCAGCCCCUGGGUCCAACAGUUCCCUUCCCGGCAGGGGCUACAGACCGAGGCGGUCGGUCAGCAUGGAGCGCUUUGUAGAGACUCUGGUGGUAGCUGAUAAGAUGAUGGUUGGUUACCAUGGACGCAAAGACAUCGAGCACUAUAUCCUGUCUGUGAUGAAUAUUGUUGCCAAACUUUACCGUGAUGCCAGCCUAGGAAACGUUGUGAACAUUAUAGUAACCCGCCUGAUCGUACUGACUGAGGACCAGCCCAACCUGGAGAUCAACCACCAUGCAGACAAGUCUCUAGACAGCUUUUGUAAGUGGCAGAAGUCUAUCCUCAGUCACCAAGGAGAUGGGAACAGCAUCCCAGAGAACGGCAUGGCUCACCAUGACAACGCUGUCCUCAUCACAAGGUACGACAUCUGCACUUACAAGAACAAACCCUGUGGGACUCUAGGCUUGGCGUCGGUAGCUGGGAUGUGUGAGACGGAGAGGAGUUGCAGCAUCAAUGAAGACAUCGGCCUGGGUUCUGCUUUCACCAUCGCUCACGAGAUUGGCCACAAUUUCGGGAUGAACCAUGAUGGAAUAGGAAACUCAUGUGGGACUAAAGGCCAUGAAGCAGCCAAGCUGAUGGCGGCCCACAUCACAGCUAACACCAACCCCUUCUCCUGGUCGGCCUGCAGUAAGAACUACAUCACCAGCUUCCUCGACUCAGGUCGGGGGACGUGUCUGGACAAUGAACCUCUGAAACGAGACUUCCUGUACCCAACAGUGGCCCCGGGGCAGGUGUACGACGCAGACGAGCAGUGUCGCUUCCAGUACGGAGCCUCUUCACGACAGUGUAAAUAUGGGGAAGUGUGUAGAGAGCUCUGGUGCCUUAGCAAAAGCAACCGCUGUGUCACCAACAGUAUCCCUGCUGCCGAGGGGACCUUGUGUCAGACGGGAAGCAUUGAGAAAGGGUGGUGCUACCAGGGGGAGUGUGUGAUAUUCGGGACGUGGCCCCAGAGUGUGGACGGAGGCUGGGGUCCCUGGUCAUCGUGGGGGGAGUGCAGCAGGACCUGCGGAGGGGGAGUCUCAUCCUCCAUGAGACACUGUGACAGCCCAGCGCCUUCUGGAGGAGGGAAGUACUGUCUCGGAGAGAGGAAGCGCUACAGAUCGUGUAACACAGAUGCGUGUCCAUUGGGAUCGCGGGAUUUCCGUGAGAAGCAGUGUGCCGACUUCGACAGUUUGCCGUUCCGUGGGAAAUACUACAACUGGAAGCCCUACACCGGAGGUGGUGUGAAGCCGUGUGCUCUGAACUGUCUGGCGGAGGGAUAUAACUUCUACACUGAGCGCUCCCCGGCCGUCAUCGAUGGAACACGCUGCCAGGCCGACUCAAUGGACAUCUGCAUCAAUGGAGAGUGCAAGCACGUAGGCUGUGACAACAUCCUGAGCUCAGAUGCCAAGGAGGACCGCUGCCGGGUGUGUGGAGGGGACGGCAGCACCUGUGAGGCCACAGAGGGACUGUUCAAUGACUCUCUGCCCAGAGGAGGCUACAUGGAGGCUGUUCAGAUACCAAGGGGGUCAGUCCACAUAGAAAUCAAAGAAAUUGCCAUGUCCAAAAACUACAUCGCGCUGAAGUCGGAGGGAGAUGACUACUACAUAAACGGAGCGUGGACCAUCGACUGGCCCAGAAAGUUUGAUAUCGCAGGCACGGCGUUUCACUACAAGAGACCCCUUGACGAACCCGAGUCAAUAGAGGCCCUGGGAGCCACCACGGAAAUCCUAGUCGUCAUGGUUCUUCUCCAGGAGCAGAACACGGGGAUCCGUUAUAAAUUCAACGUUCCCAUCCAGAGGACAGGAAGUGGAGACAAUGAGGUGGGCUUCUCCUGGAACCAUCUGGCCUGGUCCGACUGCUCCGCCACCUGCGCUGGAGGUUCCCAGAAGCAGGGAGUGGUGUGUAAGCGUCUGGAUGAUAACUCUGUGGUGCAGAACAGCUACUGUGAAGCAGAAAGCAAACCUCCAGGGAACCAGAGGUCCUGCAACACUGAACUCUGCCCCCCAGAGUGGUUUAUCGGGGACUGGUCGGCCUGUGGGAAGACGUGUGAUGGCGGGAUACGGACACGGACGGUUCUCUGUAUCAGGAAAAUGGGGCCUGCCGAGGAAGAGACCCUGGAGGACAGCCACUGUCUGACGCACCGACCAAUAGAACGAGAAGCCUGCAACAACCAGUCCUGCCCCCCUCAGUGGAUCACUCUGGAUUGGUCAGAGUGUACACCCAGAUGUGGCCCUGGGUUCAAGCACCGCAUCAUUCUGUGUAAGAGCAGCAACCUGACCAAGACCUUUCCCCCCGCCCACUGUUCCGGCCACAACAAGCCCCCCAUCAGGACCCGCUGCAGUCUGGGACACUGUCCACCACCUAGAUGGAUCCUAGGGGAAUGGGGACAGUGUUCAGCGCAGUGUGGGCUGGGCCAGCAGAUGCGGACAGUGCAGUGUCUCUCCUACACAGGCCAGCUCUCCAGUGACUGUCCCGAGGCCCUCAGACCCCCCAACAUGCAGCAGUGUGAGAGCAAGUGUGGCGCCACGCCCAUCGCUAACGGAGACGAAUGCAAAGACGUAAACAAAGUGGCAUAUUGCCCACUGGUGCUGAAGUUCAAGUUCUGUGGCCGUGCGUACUUCAGACAGAUGUGCUGCAAGACGUGCCAAGAACGCUGACCCACACAGAGAGAGAACGAGAGAAAUAAGGAGAGGAACAGAGGGAGCUGGAGGAGAAAGAGACACACAGGCAACGGGCAGAGUGAAAACACCUCCUCCCCCCUCCCCAUCACCGUGGAAACCUAACCACUGCUCAGCAGACACGCUGACACACAUUUUUAUUACUGUCACUUCUGUGAAGUGGGAACCUUAGAGGAUUGUUGUUACUGAUGUUAUUUUUAUUAUAAUAAUAAUAUUAAUAUUAUUUUUAUUAUUUUAUUGUCAUCUGUUUGUUGUUAUUGUUUUUUUGUAGUUGUUUUUGAAUCCAAAGUGCUGGACACAUCACACAUAGAGCAGAAUCACCACAGGGAAGGAGGGAUGGAAGGAA